AUGUUGACUUCCACCCCGCCACCACAAAACGCGUACAAUGUACCUUCUAUUCCACGAUUGCCCUCCCCUUCGCGUCGAUCCUCCAUAAACUCCUUCUCGUUUGGUCCCCAACAGCUUGUUGACCUUUACCUCGAUGCAGAUUCAUCCACUGCUAGUUCGUUGGACCCCAACCGCUCUAUUCUCCCAGCUUCGCCUCUUCGCUCUUCUCCGCGACAUCCCCCGAAACAAAAAGACGGGACAAAUCGGGGACCACAUCCAUUGGCGCAUGAUACGACGACCGACAUUUUCCACGAGGGCAUAACGGACGAGAGCGACUAUGAGUGGGGCAUGGUUGACAGAAUGCGUCUCUGGCGCCACGAUGCACUAAUGCAGCAUUUAUACGAAACGGCAGCUUUCUGGGGCGACAAAAUUCUCUCUUGGACAAGCGAUCCUAAUGACGCAUUUUGGCUUGCCCAGACCUACUUCAUGACACACCAAUACUCUCGCGCGGAACGUCUGCUUACUCGCCCGUUUCCCUCCGCGCCACCGAAACGUCCUUCUCCUCUGACAAACGGCCACAACGGAAAGGGAAAAGAGCGCGAAAUUCCAAUGCAGCGCCUACCAUUGGGCCUUGUUGAGCUGCCGGAGGAAAUGCAGAGAGAGGUUUCGCGGCUGGUUGACAUGAGCGUCGCGUGUCGAUAUCUUGCAGCGCAAUGUCAGGUUCGACAAGGCAACUGGACAGGCGCAACCGAGAUGUUGGGUGAAGCAAAUCCUUUCCGAAACUCAGGACGAAGUGGUCCCGCAAUUCCUAAUCUUGACGGGGGCAUCAAGGUAUUUCCACAUUCUCCAGCUGUGUCCUCUUCUGAGAGUAUCAAGAUUGAGGCUUCGAUGUGCCAUCUUCGUGGUAUCCUUAUGCUAAAACUCAAUCGCGGCGAUCAGGCUAAACAGUGCUUCAUGGAGGCUCUUGCUCUGGACGUGAAGUGCUUCGAGGCCUUUGAGCAGCUUGUGAGCGGUGAAAUGAUGACCCCAGAGGAAGAAUGGGAAUUCAUCCAAGGUCUUUCAUAUGCACAGCAAACGCCCCAAGACGCGUCUUUUGUGCAACUGAUUUAUACUGCGCGACUACGAAAAUACAAACACGCGACAGAGCACGCGUUGACGCGCGAACGCUUAGUCCAAGAAUUUGGUCUGGGGGACAAUCCCGAUGUGCUCUUCAGUUUUGCAGACGCGCUCUAUACGCAGUUCAGAUGGGCGGACUGCUUUGCUAUCACAACCAGAAUCCUCGGCCUCGUAUCAAUUCACAACCCAACAAUGCCCCUUCAUAUCGCAUGCAUGUAUCACCUUUCACACCUCCAUUCUAAACUGUUCAUCCUGGCUCACGAAAUGGUUGACCGCGAACCGGAAAAUCCCAUCAGCUGGUACGCUGUUGGAGUUUGGUAUUUGAGCGUCAACAAGUGGCCAGAGGCCCGCCAGUAUUUCAGCAAAACUUCAUUGAUGGACCCACGUUUUGGCCCAGCGUGGAUCGCAUUUGCCCACACUUUCGCUUUGGAAGGAGAGCAUGACCACGCAGUCACCGCAUAUUCGACUUGUGCAAGAAUGUUUACUGGAUCUCAUCUCCCGCUCAUGUUUGUCGGUAUGGAGAACAUCAUGUUGUCGAACUACAUGCUCGCCGAUGAGGCUCUCCUCGCAGCCGAAUCAAUGUGUGAUGGCGACCCAUUACUCUACAACGAAUUGGGUGUUAUGGCCUACAACCACGCGCAGUAUGAAAAAGCUGCUUCUUUCUUCCAGAAAUCCCUUGACCUCGCCGCGGACACGCAAGGCUCGCACAAGACGUGGUCGACGACACAUCUGAACUUGGGGACCUGCUACCGCAAACUUGGUCGAUAUGAUGCUGCCCAGACAUCCUAUCAGAAUGUUCUGGACCUUGAGCCGCGACACCCACAAGCGCUUGGGUUCAUAGGAAUCGUCUACCACCUCACAAACCAGCUCGACAAAGCUAUACUCAAGUACCACGAGGCCCUCAGCGUUGAGCAACUGAAUCCACACAUCAUGGAGUUGCUAAAUCUUGCGCUCGAGCAGACCACAGCGGUGAGCACUACCAAGUCUGAAUUCAAGACCGUUGUGAGAAGUUUGAGGGAUAAAUAUGCGAAAUAUACUCAGGACAAAGGCAAAGGGAGGCAGACGGAGGAAGUGAUAGGGGACGAGAUGAGCAUUGGAUAA